AUGCCAAGUGUAUCCCAAGACGAACAAAUUGAUAUUGGUGAUGCAGAUAUGUAUGAUCGAGUGGAGGACAUGAUUAACGAUGUGGGAGCAAAGGCGUUUGAACAAGCACAUAUGAACAGAGUUUGCGAGUCUUUGUCUACUGAAGCAAAUAAGCCACUCUACAGUGGUUGUAAGAACUUCUCACGUUUGACCGCAGUAUUAAAAUUAAUCAACUUGAAGGCGACGCAUGGAUGGAGCGAUAAAAGUUUUACAGAGUUGCUACGCUUGCUUCAGAAUAUGCUUCCCGAGGAUAAUGAAUUGCCUGAUUCAAAUUAUGAGGCAAAGAAAGUAUUGUGCCCUUUAGGCUUGGGGUAUAAGAAGAUUCAUGCUUGUCCUAACGAUUGUGUUUUGUACAGAAAUGAAUAUAAAAGUCUUGAGGAGUGUCCAGUAUGCAAGGUUUCUCGUUUCAAAGAUGAAACUGAUGCUAAUUUGAGUGUUCGUGUUCGUAACAAGAGACCACCGGCGAAGGUGUUGUGGUAUCUUCCAAUAGUACCGAGAUUAAAACGCUUGUUUGCUAGUGAGACAUAG